ACUGUGAAAACGUGUGACCUGCGCAAUUUUACCCACGCAAAUAAUCCGCUCCCGUGUUUAUUAUAUGCAGCUAAAACAGUCGCUGUCUGCAACCGCGUCGCGCUCCGCAGGGAGGAUGAGCACCAUUUCCACGGCGAGAGGAGAAGCGGGGCGCCGCGCGCUGGCGCGCGUGCACGGCGCUGUCACCUUCCACCGCGCGGACGAGCAUGCGCACACUAUAAUAUUUAGUUUCAUUCAGACGCGCGGCGUGCAAAAAAAUUAAGAGCGUGUAUUUUCGUUAAGCGCGUAAGCUGCAUUCUGCAGUGUUUGCGCCGACCGUCCGCGUUUUUUUGUGUGCGCGCCGCGCGAGGGACACGUGCGCCGUUAGAGGGAACACAAGCCAUACAAUGAAGAAGCGCUAUGCGGAUGGCAGCAGGCUACGCAAGAUGAAAAAGACGAAAAUAACGGAGAGGAUCUCGGAGAGUGCUUACACCUUUCUCAAGUUUAUGGUUGUGUGGCUCCUGGUUCUUCUCGCAGAUUUCAUUCUUGAGUUUAGAUUUGAAUAUCUGUGGCCUUGUUGGCUUUUCUUUGGAAGUGUCUACACCACCUUCCACUGCCACGGAUUGGUCAUUUGUGUGGUGUUUGUUUUUGCGGCUUUCACUCUUGAUGUAUUUUGUCUGAUUUUUGUACCCCUGCACUGGCUGUUCUUUGCUGCCAGCACAUACGUUUUGUUCAAUUACAUAUGGCAUACAGAGAAAGGAUUAUGCAUGUCUACCGUGUCCCUGUGGAUACUGCUGAUGUAUACGGAAGCAUCACUCAGGUUCAAAGACGUAAAAAACUCCCACGUCAACCUCUCUCAUCUUUUUGCAGCACACUGUAUUGGCUACCCGGUUGUGUACUUGGGAUUUGAUGCCACCUGUUACUUCACCAGCAUUUUUAAGCUGCGCACACAAAAAGCGGUGCAGAGUGAGAAUGACUUCCACAUGCAGCUGUUGCUACAGUCUCUACCUCCUGGACUGCAGUUGUACCCCAAAUGUGUACCGGAUUGCAGGGAAAAUUCCAAGUGGAAGACGAAAUCUGAAUACACGCAGUACCAGUGUCAAAAUGGUGCUGUUUCUUCGGAUGACAAAUAUUUGGUUGACUGUCUCCAAAUUGACGGAGCAGAGCGGAAGGCCGACAAGGGCCUAGAGGACACGAGACCAGGCUGCCAAGUCGCCCAGUCCCCGGAGGCCAAGGAGAGCCCCGCGUGUCGGCCGCGUGAGACGGAGCCCCCGGGCGGCUCCGAAAGUCUACCUCAAGACGAGCAGGCGGCCAGAGGUGCCAGGACCUGCAAAAUCUCCUCCCCCCGAGCGCGCCGGAGCUCGGCAAGCGCCGCCGGGCCCCAGCUUCGAGGGGAGAAGAAGCAGAAGAGCACCUCCAAAACCAUGAGCCCUAGCCGAGAGGCUGCUGAGAGGAGUGUCUUGAGCAAUCAGAGCAAUCACCUGGAGCAGAUCUCGAAACUGGAGCAGGAGUUGAGGAGGCUGAAGAGCGAGCUGCAAGCGAGCAAACAAAAUGAGCAAGAGCUCCGCAGCCACGUGUGCAACCUCACCAACAGCGAGAGGAGUCUGCGGCCAGAGGUGUCCCUGCUGCGGCAAGCAAACGAUUUGCUUCAAAACAAGAUCCUGUGCCUCAUGAAGACUAAACAGAAGGACAAACAGAGCAGCACAUUAUUAGAGAAGAAAGUCAAAGCGGAAAUGGAGGCACGAAUAGCUGCCGAAAAACAGCUGGCUGAGAUUCAGUCCCGAAAAGCGGAUGAAACAUCUGCCAUACCUCAUAGUGCUCUGCUGUCAACGAACAGGCAAGAACAAACUGAGACCCUAACGUUAAAACGAAAAGCUAAAGAUCUAGAGACAGAGUUCAAACAACUUCAGCUGGAGUGUCAAGGGAAAGAGGGUCAAAUAAUAGCUCUAGAAAAUGAAUUGGAGGUGCUUCGCAGAUACAAAGGCAUGGAGCAGGAUGCUGACAUGCUGCUCUCAGCACUGUCUGCCAUGCAGGAUAAAACCCAGCAUCUAGAGUACAACUUGAGUGCCGAGACCAGGAUCAAGCUGGACCUUUUCUCGGCGCUCGGAGAUGCUCGCAGACAGCUGGAGAUAGCGCAGGGAAGACUAAUCAAACAGGAUCAAGAGAUUGGAGAGAUGAAAAAGAAGAUCGCGGAAGUCAUGGCAGUCAUGCCUGGUAUUACUUACACUGCCCCGCAUCCCAUAGUGCCGCAUCUCACAAAGUUUAUCAACUCUGAGAGCUGCGUGCUUGAUCCUAGUGCAUUAAUGUACCAGUGUCUUAAGAAGUAGGAACAUGUUCUAGAAAACAAAUGGGAUCCUUUCUGAGUUUUAACCUACUGAUCUGGAGCGCGUUUGAACUGAAAACAAUCAACAAACGCGUUCUCCAGACUCGGAGAGGACGGACUGCGAGUGGGGCGACGCUCGCCUCGUUGCUUGACUGAGCUCAACAAAACAGCCGUCUGUAACAUCGCAACUUCCUUGACUUUGUACUUGUGCUAAAGUUUACAAUUUCUCGCAAGUGUGCACUGAGGAAAAUGAGGAUUCUGCACUGUUUUCUAAGCCGACGUUGAAACGAAGUACACAUACUGCUGGUGA